AUGGGGGAAGAAGAACCGAAUCCCUCCGUGGAGGAGUGGACACAGUCUUCCAAUGCCGGUAGCGGCCGCAAGUGGCGCCGCAUCUAUAAGGCAUGCCUGAACUGUCGCACAAGAAAGGUGAGAUGUGACCUCGGGCCCGUGGAUAAGCCACGGGAGCCUCCCUGUGUGAGGUGCUCGCGCGAGCGAAAGGAAUGCAUUUUUACGGAACUCCGACGUGGCCGCAACCGCAGAAUACGAGUUGCAAAGAACGACAGGGCAGGACACGCCGAGCCUGACGGUGGCAUUUGCGUCGCGAACGCGCACGGUGACCCGUCUUCCGCGACUGGGCGCUUCAGCGGCGAACCGACCGCGCUCUCCGCAGGGAGCGAUCCGAGCCCGGAUAGCGCGUCCAACCGGGGGAGGGACGACCAGUCAUCGAACAGCGAUGAGCCGGAGUUCAGCGAACGGCCCGAGCUUUCGCUGUCCUCGGAAUUCACGACGCUGCACAACACGCUUGAGUUCUUAACGAAGGCAGCCGGUUCCGUCGCGAAGGACAAUGGGCGGCUACUUUCAAGUUCGACAGCAGUUGGCAAACAUAGUGCCGCCAUCUGCGAGUCGAUCACGCUACAGUUGUACAAUCCUUUGCACAACGGCCAGUACGCUUCCGUGGUUUCUGGCCCUCGGAAUCCAGAGGCAAUAACGGACCAAGCCGCAGCAUCCCGUACUCCUCAGGAAGAGCCCGAGUCUACGAAGUAUCCGCUGCUGCGAAACAUUGAAUAUGUGGGGCCCAACAAUACAUUGACUGUAGAAGAAGUCAUACGGCUCACCGAGUUAUUUUUCGUUACUCAUUAUCCGUUCUUCCCACAUAUACCUUUACACAUGCAAGAUCCGGAGGAACUAGCACGCUACCCCAUUUUGCUAUGUGGGGUUUUAUCGAUAUCUGCAAGAUAUCACAAGUUCGAAGAUAUCGGGUUGUCGAAUCGCGGUUCUCCGACCCGGAAUAUUGACGUUCAUGAGUAUCUUUGGCGCUACUGCCAGCAGAUGAUAUCACAAACUGUAUGGACUGAGGCCAGUACCCGCUCCAUCGGUACAGUGCUAGUGUUCUUGAUAUUUACCGAAUGGAACCCACGCGCCAUCCACCGAAAAUGCAACGAUUACGCAAAUGCAACGGAUCGACAGAAUGAGCAGAGCCAUUCUGAGAAAGCAAACACGGCCCAUUGCGGUUCUGGGAUCCCUGCCACAGAGCGAAAUGGGCCCAGAAGGUUUGUACUCGCCGAUCAAGGAUCAUCUGGCCUUAGCGCCAUGCGACGUAGUAAAAGGAUGGCAUGGAUGCUGGUCGGAAAUGCGGUGCGACUGGCGCAAGACAUGGAUUUUAUCAACACCAGCUCCAAGAUAUUCGUCGCAACACACACUUCGGAGACGAAUUGCGCAAUGAACAUGGGUCAGAACAGUACAUUAUCCCAUUCUCUGAUGAACGCAAAUAUUAUAGGCUCAGAGUCAAGCACGGCCAUUAGCAAUCCACCUAUGCCAUCUGAAACUGAGGAACGUUACAAAAGUGUUUUACAGAGACUCGGUAAGCAUGUCCCUCGGGGUAGAGGCCUAUCUCAGCUUUAUAAUGAGUUUUUGGAGGACGAGCGCAUCCUCUACGGCUUAGGUGGUGGAAGUGAAUAUGUUGAAGCAUACUGCGAUAGUUUGGAUCAAACAAAAAACAAUGUGAGCAUCGAGACUGCGUAUGAAUCUUCUUUGCUAGAGCGCGGGGGCCAGCAGGUUUUUCUGUCUUUCGCCCAACGCGCGAAGAUAGAGCUACUGAGGAUCAUGUCCGUUGGUUAUGAAACAAUAUAUUCGAACCACGCUAAACUGGUCCUCCGUGAAAAACAUCACAUACUUUCGGUACUUGGUCUCCUCUCGCCUCAAAUCGAGAAUUGGUAUACACAAUACAAUAGCCUCCUCGUGCCCGCUGGCGGCGCGCCUUUUAACCCCACUGCAGACUUCUCACGUAUCAACCCACUUGAUUUAGUGAGACGAAUAGAUGCCGAAAGUAUCAUAUGCGACUACUACUACUGUCAACUUUACAUUUACUCCCUGGCAUUGACCGUUGACUUUCGCAAGCCUAGGCACCCUAAUGCUUCCUGGCUUGAUCGUCUAAUGAAGAGUGCACGUUAUGUCGAGCUUGCAUACAACGCAGCCCGCGAAGUCUUGCGCUCGGCCAUACGCGUCCAUAGGAUUAGGAUGCUCAAAUAUAUGCCCACACGCUGGGUGGAGCGUAUUGUGGGCGCUGUUGCAUUCAUUGUAAAAUGUUAUCUCACGAUGGCUGCACAUUUAACAGCAUCGCACGAGGCAUCUGCGAUCCUGACAUUAAGUGCAAUCCCUCCGGAUGAGGUCGUGAACACCAUCCAAAGAGCUGCUAUUACUCUCCGAGAAGCGUCGCCAGAUGACGUCCAUUUAUGCAACAAGUACUCUACCAUCCUCAUGUACCUUUGCAGUGAGAUGAAGCUCCGAAACUGGCCUACUCCCACUCCACCAUUACCACGCUCUGUUUCUGGGGAGCCUAUUCGUGUUCCUGUCUUUGAGUGCUCUGCAACCCCCGCUGCGCGUAUAUUCUCACCGCCCCACCAUCCAGCCGAGUCUCAAACGACGGGUGGUACCGAUCCUCCACCUCUACCGGAUCAUACUUUGGCUGCGCCUAGCUCCGACCCCGCACCGCUCGACACUACUUCACACCUGCCCUGGGAGCUGAUUGAUUGGCUCCACACAAGUGAUGAGAUUGGGCUCGAUUUCGUCGAACCAUGGACCGAUGUUAUUGAACGCCUGAUGGAAAGUGGCCCAGACAAUAUAGAUACUAAUUCACUAUAUUAA